GCCGAGAAAGAUGGGGGAUGCUGCAGACCCCCGGGAGAUGAGAAAGACCUUCAUUGUUCCAGCCAUCAAGCCUUUUGACCACUAUGAUUUCUCCAGGGCCAAAGUCGCCUGCAAUCUGGCCUGGCUGGUGGCCAAAGCCUUUGGGACAGAAAAUGUGCCAGAGGAACUUCGAGAACCAUUUUAUACAGAUCAGUAUGACCAGGAACACAUCAAACCACCUGUUGUGAAUUUGCUUCUGUCAGCUGAGCUGUACUGUCGUGCUGGGAGUCUCAUUCUCAAGAGCGAUGCAGCAAAACCCCUUUUGGGCCAUGAUGCCGUGAUCCAGGCUUUAGCACAGAAAGGCCUUUAUGUCACUGACCAGGAGAAAUUGGUGACUGAACGAGAUCUUCACAAGAAACCCAUACAAAUGGCAGCAUACUUAUGUUUUAUACACUCUGUCUCAUAAACUAAUUCUUAUAACAACUCUGAGUAUUGUCCCUGUUCUACUGGUGAAGAAACUGAGGGCUUUGAGACCAUAACAAAGGUCAUGGAGCAAGUAAGCAAGCAGUGAAGGUAAGACUCUGACCAUGUCUGCUUUAACUAUACAACCUGUUCUUAACCACUAGAUUGUAUUUUUGUCUUUGCCUAGGUAAUAGGUAGGUGGUAAGGGUGAGGUAGAAGGAAUAGAAAUGGCUUGAUGCCUGUGUAUAUCUCUUUGCCUAGUGUUUUGUUUGCAAUCUUGGUAAUUUUCCUAGUCUUUUUAGAGUAGUUUACCCCUUCUGUUCUUGUUUCAACACUUAAGUUAAUUUCAUGUACCUUGGAAGUAACUGACAUGUUAAGUAGGAUGCCUGGAUAGAAGAUAAAAGAAGAAUUGAUAGAGUCUGGGUAGAUAUGAGUUUCAUGGUACCUAAGAAUGUGCAAAGCAAUCCUCUCAUUACCAUUAUUUUUUGCCAGAUACAUGAAAAGUAUUGAGAACAGAGAGACUGAGCACAGGAGCACCCUCUCCCCUCUUACAACUGUGUUUAUCAUGUUAGAGUCACUGUUUAUUUAUAAUCAUUUAUUUGUUAACUCUAACUUUAUUGAAAGUAAACUGUCUG